AUGGCCAUCAUCCUGCUCCUCCUACUUGCACCGUCUCUGGCGGCCGCCGACGUGUUCUGCGACAACGUCAAGGCCAUCGCCACCACUCUCUCCAAGAACGCUGCCUCAUCACCGGUACACUUCGCCACCAAGACGUUCGGCGGCGCCCCCAAUGUCGUCUUCGCGCUCGGGCUCUGCCGCGGCGACGUCCUCGACGGCCCCGCCUGCGGUGACUGCAUCGCCAACUGGUUCGGCAAAGCGCUGAACCGGACCAGGUGCGACAAGGCCCGCUCCACCUACGGCGACUGUAUCGUCGUCUACAGCGCCGGCGAUGACAUCCUAGCGGCGCCCUCGAAUACCACGGGAGCGUACGGAGACAACACGCCGCCAUUCCAGCAGUGGAACAUCAAGAACGUCACCACCGGCGACGUACCCCUUGUCGUCGGCCUCGUCCGCGAGCUGCUUGUGGAGACCGCGGAGAAGGCGGCCACCACGGAGCCGAGGCUCUACGCGACCGGCGUCAUGGACAUGGCUAGAGUGACGACCUACCCGAAGGUGUACUCCCAGGCGCAGUGCACGCCGGACCUGUCCGCCGACGACUGCUCGGCGUGCCUGCGCCGUCUCCUCGGCAUGGUCAACUCCACCAUGUCCCUGCGCAUUGGUGGGCAGAUGGCUGUCACGCGGUGCUAUUUUAGGUACGAGGCAUAUCGGUUCUACGACGCCCAGCCCAUGCUGAUUCUGCCGUCGCGGCCACCGCCGACGACUCCGACCAAACGCAGGAGCAUGGUGUGGGUAAUUGCGGUAGUUGCAGUUCCACUAUCGGCAGCAGCAUUUCUCUUCUUCAAUUGUUACUCUCGUCGGCUCAAAAGGCGAAGAAAAGGUAUGCUACCUAAUGACCUAGUGGAACGUUUGAAUUUAGGGAGAGAGGGCCUAGUUUGGCAAGGGAAGAAUUCGGAGUUCUCUUUGUUUCACUUUGAACAGUUAUUGGAGGCCACAAGUUAUUUUUCAGAAGAAAACAAACUUGGACAAGGUGGCUUUGGUGCUGUCUACAAGGGCCAGCUUCCAGAUGGGUUGGAGAUAGCGCUUAAGAGACUUGCUUCACAUUCAGGACAGGGUUUCGCUGAGUUUAAAAAUGAAGUCCAGCUCAUAGCCAAACUCCAGCACACAAAUUUGGUUAGGUUCUUGGGAUGUUGCUCCCAAGAAGAGGAGAAAAUAUUGGUCUACGAAUACUUGCCAAACAAAAGCCUGGACAUCUUCAUCUUUGAUGAGUAUAAAAGAGCUUUACUAGAUUGGACAAAACUGUUAGAAAUAAUUGAAGGAGUAGCACAUGGACUCCUUUACUUACAUAAGCACUCUCGAUUGCUUGUCAUACAUCGAGAUCUUAAACCAAGCAACAUUCUCCUAGACAGCGAAAUGAAUCCAAAAAUUUCAGAUUUCGGGCUAGCAAAAAUAUUCAGCAAAAAUGACACUGAAGGCGACACUACAAGAAGAGUGGUUGGCACAUAUGGUUACAUGGCCCCUGAGUAUGCUUCAAAGGGCGUCUUCUCUAUUAAAUCCGAUGUCUUCAGCUUUGGUGUUGUUAUUUUUGAGAUCCUUAGCGGAAAACAGAAUUCUGGUAACCAACAAUGUGGAGGCUUCGUCAAUCUCCUUGGAUAUGCAUGGCAAUUGUGGGAACAAGGGAAGUGGAUCGAUCUCCUCAAUGCAUCAUUGGUUCCUGAUACUCACUUGGCAAAGUUAAUGAGGUGCAUUAAUAUAGCAUUGUUAUGUGUGCAAGAGAAUGCAGUUGAUCGGCCAACCAUGGGAGAUAUUGUUUCAAUGCUAAGAAGUGAUACUAUGAUCUUGGCUAAGCCUAAGCAGCCAGCAUAUAUCAAUGUAAGGGUGGGAAAUGAAGAGACGUCCAAUGCUCCCGAGUUGUGCAGUAUUAAUGAUAUAACCAUAUCUGCCACAAUUCCUAGAUAG